UGGAUGAAUAUGUCGAGUCGAUGAAGCAAACAGGAAAAAGAGCUCAUGGUAUAUGGUGAUGGGAAGGGGGUGGAGAGAGUCACACUUCUUUGUUCUUUGCCUCCUCGUGAGAUAGUCAGCAGUGCCUCUGACCAAGAAGACGCAGCAAUGACUGAUCCAAACUCCUCUUCUUUUAUCUUAGACUUUGGCUCUAUUUAUGACGAACUCAACUUCACCUACAAUUACACUGAGUUCGUCCCUGAUCCUGCAACGCAGCCCUGCAAAUCCUUCUUGACCCCGGGUGCAGUGAUGAUGGCCGCCAGCGUGUUCUACAUCCUCAUCUUCCUGUUGGCCAUUCCUGGAAAUCUGGUGGUGGGCCUGGUGAUUGGCCUCAGCAAGCAGUCGCUGCCGCCCUCUGACCUCUACCUCCUUCACCUGGCCGUCGCCGACCUCCUCCUUGCUGUCACUAUCCCGUUUUGGGCCGUCUCUGUCUCGUGGGGCUGGUUGUUCGGAGAUGCCAUGUGCAAAAUUGUUACCAUCCUCCAGGAGCUGAGCUUCUACUCCAGCAUCCUCUUCCUGACUUGCAUCAGUAUAGACCGCUACAUGGCGAUUGUGCGCGCGAUGGAUGCACGCAGGGCGAACCGCCAGCUGAUCAGCUGGGUAGUUUGUGCCGCCGUCUGGGCUUUGGGAGCGUUGUUGUCUCUGCCGGGCCUCUUCAGUACCUUGUCCCUAUCUCCAAACUCGAGCCACAUAGUGUGCUCUGAAAUGUAUGACCCCGUCAGUGCUGAAGAGUGGCGUCUGGCCACCAGAAUCCUGCGCCAUGCUUUGGGUUUUGUGAUCCCUCUGACCAUCAUGUUGACCUGUUACGGAGUGACCAUACGGCGUCUCCUUCAAAUCCGUGGUGGAUUUCAGCGGCAACGCGCCAUGAGGGUGAUCGUGGUCGUGGUCGUGGCGUUUCUGCUCUGCUGGACGCCGUACCACAUUGCAGUGAUGACAGAUUCGUUCUUCAGGACAAGACCAGUGCUCUACCAGUGCCCGGCAAGGAUUGCGGUGAAUCACGCCAUGUUUGCCACCCAGAGUCUCGGCCUGCUCCACAGCUGUGUGAACCCGGUGCUGUAUGCCUUUGUGGGGGAGAAAUUCAGGAGGAGGCUGCUGCAGAUAAUGAGGAAGAUCGGCCUCAUGGAGAGAGCAUCGGUUUCAAGGGCCAGCAGGUCUUCACUGUCAUCAGAAAUCACUUCCACCUUCAUGUGAGAACGACGCUGGAAGGGGACACGUCUCAAACUCUCCAGAGGGCUGUUUCACCAAAGCAGAAGAAAGAAAUCCAGGAUUAUCAUAGAAAACCCAGGAUUGGAUCAGUUCAUCCUGGAUUUUUAUGGUUCACAUAGGAUAAGGACAUGCAGCUAUAGGCCACUCGGGGGUUUAAGUAUUUUAGAUACAGGCGCUUUCACAGCUUUCUUUAUCAGAACACAAGGUGGGAUUUAUUGUUUGAGAAAAGGCUGCGUAUUUUAACCUGACGGAGCAAAAUGGUGUCAGACAACAGAAGCCUGAUUGCAUAAUGUAGACUCGAAAUUAGUGUUAGUGGUGACUGAAUUGCACUUCAUUUGUAAUCAUUUAAAAAAAGAAGAUAAUGAUGCUUUUAACAGGCAGUAGUACACAGUACACUUUGAAUGGUCCUUUGUACAGAAAGGGAAAUACACAUUGACAGAAGUAGUCAUGAGGCUACACUGCUUUACUUUAUGAGCAUGUUUAUAAUGUAUUCUGUUGUGUUGUUAAGUAAUGUCUUAGUCUGGCAGCUGGUUUUACCCUUUUUGUUAGACGUCUUACUUUAUGUCGAUAUAAAACUAAGCGAGUGGACUAAAUAGCCCACAAUAUAAAUGUUUUUACAAGAAUAAUAAUAGUAGCUGUAAGUAUUUUAAUGCUUAACUGCUUUCAUGAAACUGGAUAUCCCUGGCUUCCUCUUUCUAGGUUUUGUGAAACAGCCUUGUGAUUAAAAAUUCAGGUCAACUGUUGACCUGAAAAAAAUCCCUUGACAUUUUUUUGAAUACUUUGUCAUACUAUGCUCUAUUUUUAUUUUUUUUCAUCUAUGUUAUUUAACUUAGUUUUGGUUUCAGGCAUGCAUGUCUACAAGGGGAAUGUUGCUCAAAGGGAAGCUGCAAAUUUUUGCAAAUUUCAACCUGCUCACUUGAGCCUGAGGAAACCUUGGAAACCUUGACAGCUUUCAAGUGCGGCUACAUUUCAACAUGGCCAAUACCUUUAUGUCACAACCUCGAGACAAAUCUGCUGCUGAGGAAAUGCGUAGAGAAGCGGCGGACAAGUGGAUGUGGUAAAAUAUCUUGUUGCAAUUGUAUGUGAUUUAAUUCUGCAUUUAACUGUGACUCCUUCUGCUGCCACAAGAAUAUAAUCUAUAUUGUAUAAUCAGGUAUACAUAUUUUUGUAGUCAUUUUUUCCCCCCCACUGUUCUUAAGAUGUAUGUAUUAGCUGAAGACAACAGGUUGUCAUUCACAGGCAAAAUGACUGUAUUUUUUGUUUUAUUAAUAAAAGUUUCAUAUUAA